UGCACCGGAGGGGUCCCCGCUGCCGGGCGGCGCCGGGAGCACUUGGUCGGCCGGUGGUGGCUGGGGCCACCUCUCCCGUGAGCGGCCCUGGGGGAAGCGGCUGGGCGGGCUGCUCUCCGCCGGCAGCGCAGCGCAGCGCAGCGCAGGGCGGAGUGGAGCCGUUUGGCGUCGGGCGGCAGUGCCUCAGUUGCCUACCGCCGGGGCUGGUAGGUGGGCUGCCGGGGCGCGGCGCUCCUGCCCGCGCUGCUCGGGGCAGCGGCGCAGGCGUGAUCCGUGGCUGUUUUGCUGUCAGUGAAUCAGUGAUUCGCUGCGAAUGGGAGGCUGCGCAGGUCAGUGGCCAGCUCCCUUGUUGCCUUCAGUCUUCGGAAUGUGUGUGUAGAUCCAAGGUGGUAUUUGUUAGGGAAUGAUAAGUCUCAUGGAGCGAACGUUUUGCGUGUUGCAGAUCGGUUAUUGCUAGCCCUCGUUCCAUCCUGGCAGCAGCUACCGGAGCACUUCGGGCCGCGUCCCAAGGGGCUUUCCCCGCUGCUCGGACAGGCUUCCCUGCGGGGUAGGUUUGCCGUGGCCUUCUGGUCCCGCUGGUACCUGAGAAGCCAAAUGCUGGAUUCGCUGUGGUCACCCCCAAAGAGUCUGUCCCUCUUAGUAAGAACUGUCACAAAGGCGAAAGAAUGGAGACUGAUUGCAAUCCUAUGGAGUUGCCCAAUAAUACAGAGUUUGAAGAGGAUUCUGAUUAUAGAGACUUUGAAGGAACAGAUGUGAAAGAUAUGAGACUAGAAGCUGAAGCUGUUGUGAAUGAUGUUCUGUUCGCUGUCAGCAACAUGUUUGUCUCAAAAACCCUUCCCUGUGCUGAGGAUGUGGCAUAUAUCAACGUGGAAACCAGAGAAAGGAACAGGUACUGCCUGGAGCUCACCGAAGCAGGACUCAGGGUAGUAGCUUAUGAUUUUGAUCAGGCUGAUGACAGAUUGCAAACUCCAUACCAUGAAACUGUCUACUCCUUAUUGGACUCUCUCAGCCCUGCAUAUCGAGAGGUGUUUGGAAAUGCAUUACUACAAAGACUAGAAGCUUUGAAGAAAGACAGUCAGUCAUGAUUUACCCACAUGUGAAGAAGGUUUCAUCUAGAAGGAAUUCUUAAUAUGAGGCUCUGAGAUUUUUCUUACAAACAUAAUCACAAGCAUCUUAAGUUUCAUUUUUUGCAUUAAUAUCCAAUUCAUGCUAGUACUACUCUAUAACAUUUUGCUACAAUGGAUUUGCAUAUAUCACAAUGCUAUUAAAAGCCACUUUGAUAAAUAACAAGCAUUUCUUAAUUUUACUUUUUUAUUAUAUGUGAGCAAGUUGCUUCUUACAACAUUCAAAAAAUUUGGUGUCUUUUCAAAGUUAUUAUCCAAACUUAAAAAAACCCCAAAACUGAAUGUUACGUAUACAAGUAUUAAUUUUUUGUGUUUGUGCCUACUGAUGAUUUUCAUAUCUGCCCUUUAAAAUAGAAGCUAACUACUUGCUCUACCCAAUUAAUGAAAAAUAAUUGGGAAAACUACUGUUCUGCAAAGAACAGAAUUUCAGAUUAAUUUGCUACACAUUUGGUAACAAGAAAGAUGGUUCUUCAACACUUGAACGUUGCUUAUAUAGUGACAGUAUCUGAGUUAAAAGCAAGGUUCAAUAUUAUUUGAUCAGUCCUCAUCUAUGGCAACCAGCAAUCUCCAAAUAAUAAAUGAGAUGAACUGCUAAUAUAUGAAUGUAUUGUCUGAAUCGCAAAUGAGUUAAGCACAGAAUUUCGAUGUAAUGGGCUACAUUUCCUAAAUAUGAUGUUAUAUGUGCUAUAUAUGUGUAUGCUAUAUUGUAACUGUUGGGGAGGCUUGAAAGACAUUUUAGCCUGUUUACUAUUCUGAAUGCGUGUUUACAUGAUGUACAGGAUAUACUGAAGAGUAUUUUUGCUUCAGCCUUUACUUUCUAUAAUACAGUACUUUGGUACUCCUGUUUUUCACAUUUUAUCCUUCAAUUGUACAGUGUGCUCUCCUAAUGAAUACUAAGUAAGCACUCUAAUGUUAAUUGCAUUGUAUUGGUUUGAAACCAAAGGCUGUAUGAAAUUUGCUAAGACUAAUACAAACUGGAAGAGAUAACUUGUAUUUUCUACUUGCAAAGUGGUACAAAUCUCUUUAUAAAACUAUUGUUCUGCUGUAACUUUCCAAGUAUGUACUGAAUGGUAGACUUUUUAAAAUGACGGUUAAAAAUACCAGUACUGUUGAACUAACAUUCUGUGAUUAUCAUAGUUUUUGUAUUCUUGUAUUAUUCGGUAUUUGUGCGUACUUAUUUAAAAAUCCUGCCAUUAUCCUGCCAUGCUUUUGUGACAAGUACAUGCAGUAGCUUUUCUGGAGCCACACUUAGGGAUACAUCAGUUUUCAUGAAGUCACAGGUUCAAGUUACUUCAGUAGCGCUAUAUUGACUUCUACCUGCUAAGUUAGUCGUGUUAAUUGGAGAAGCCUUGUAGAGUUUUUGUAAUAGCUUUGGGGUAGUGAUGUACAGCUAUGACUGACAAGACAACUGUAGUUAGUGCUUCUGUUUUCCAGAGCUUAAGUUUGUUAUCAUUUUAGGUUGAAACUUCUGAUAUUAAUCCUCUGCCCUAAGGUAUGCUUCCAUGCUCUAAAAAUUGUUCAUAGGCUCUCUUUUGCACACAGGUCUGUGGUAUGUGGUUAGUCCUCUGUGAGGAGAAUGUACUUUACCAAAUUUAAAUUUGAAUAUUUUUCCGUGCAACUAAUUUACUUGCUCAAUUUCAAUAACUAAAGCAUUAAAUAAAUAAA